CAUUUACUCAGUUUUGGCCUUUCACUAGCAUUGGAUUCUCCAUUGCCAUAAUUCCUUUCUCAUAUUUUGCCUUUCCUCUAUGGACAGGUUACUGCAACUUGUGGGUCAGGGUGGGGGGAGCAUUGAAACAGUUCUCAAAGGCUCAAAGAAAGCUCCAAGACUUUUCACAGUGGUUUGCUCUCUGCCCCAAUAUAAGGGUUUUGUUAAGUUCACAAAAUGCAGGCGGCCAAUGCAAGGUAAAUUGAUAACAAGAAACAAUUCUUGUACUUCCUUGUGUUCUUCUUUAGCCCCUUCUGUUGUUUUCUUUUUGUCUCUUUUGAGGUCCUCUAAUGGUAGCAAACAAGGAAGGCCACUGGGAGAAGUGAGCAAUCAAUGAUGGGGGCCUUCGAUUUACGCUGUGGGAUUCUGCUGUUUCAUGCCAUUAAUGAAACAAUGCUUUUCAUUGGGUGUUGAAAGGAUGAGUUAAGAUAGAAGAAUAUGGUCUCUCCUUUUUCAGGCAUGAGAAUGGAGCUUUCAGAAUUGGGGGGACCCAACCCAUGUUAAUGUAUGGUGAAACUUAAUGAAGGGCGGUUCUGUAACACUGACUGGCAUCAGAAUUGAUUGAGAGAUGGCUUUAAAUGCUUGAUUGGUAGUGAUAUUGGGGCUGAUAGAGUCAUAGAGACACCCUCCUUUGAAGAAACUUUGUGAAAGUUCUUUGUUCAUCUUCCAUGUGUCCCUCUUACAUCUCCAUUGCUUAACCAGUAGGGAACUUCAAUCCAUUACAUACUUUUUGUGGUUAUUAGCAGAAUAUCUGAGUUGGAGGAGCAGAUAUCUCAACUCCCGGAUGAACUGAAGAUAAGGUCAGGUAAAAAGGAGAUUAUAAGGAGAGACCAUGAAGAGUCAGGUAAACAAGGAUAGCAAGAAAAUGGAAGCUGCAGGCAAGGCGGAGGCUAAUGAAACUCUGCUGCAACUGGAAGCAGCCAAGAAGACUGUUGAGUCGCUCAGGUUCCAUGAAGCUGAGAUGCUUGAGAUUGCUGCGUUGAGAGAUGAGGCCUCCCAAUUGAGAUCCUUGCUGAAGGCUAGUGAUGAGGAGAGGAUCAAGGAAGAGAAAACUCACAGUACCAAGCAGCGGAGGGAGGCUGAACUUGAGGCCGAGCUGCAGCAGGCUAAAGCGUGCAUCGAGGAGCUGAGAGCCGAAAUGAUGGAUAAAGAAACCGAAUUGCAAGGCAUCUCGGAGGAGAAUGAAGGCCUGAAUGUGAAGUUGAAGAAGAUUGAGUCAUGCUGCGACAAUAAACAGAUGAUUGAGAGAGAGAGUACUGUUGUGGUAACUGAUGGUAUUAGGGCAAACUUGAUGGACAAGGAAACGGAGCUGCAGAACGUAUUGGAGGAGAACAAGAGGUUGCAGAUGGAAAUGAGUGAAAGGGCCGCCGAGGGAGAAGCAGCAAUAAAGCAGUUAGAGGAAGCAGGGGAAGCGAAUAGGGAGAUGGAGGCAGAGGUGAGGAGGGUGAAGGUGCAGUGUGAUCAGUGGAGGAAAGCUGCAGAAGCAGCCGUUGGUAUGCUUUGGGCAGGGAGCAGUGGGAGGUUUAUGGAGAGAAGUAGGUCGUUGGGCGGGAAGUAUGGGGGAAUCCAGUCACAUUACGGGGAAGAGAUGAGUGAUGAUGAUGUUUUGUUGAAGAAUAAGAAGAAGAAUGGGUUGAAGAAGAUUGGGGUUAUUUGGAAGAAGCAGCAGUAGUACUAAGGCUACCUUUGGGUUUGGUUGCUCCAACUUGAAGUCCUUUUUGAUGAAUAUAGCUAAGAGAUGAGAACCUCUGUUGGAAGUCUAUUCUAAUGGUUGUAUAAUGUGUGGUCUAUGUCACGUUGUAAUUUCGUUAAUUGCAUCGCUUUACCUCGUUGUGUUGGGGGGACUUCAUUAAUGUAUUAGAUGAGGUGGAGAAUCAAAAAUCUGGUUUCUAUGUGUAAUCUGAGAAUAGCAGUAGUCUAUCGCAUUGGCACAAACACCCAUUCUCCCAAUUUGGUUAUGAUUCUAAAGUAUUGUGAUUUAGUAUGUUCUAUCUUGAUUCAAUGGUUAUAAAAUACGGAACGCAAUUCGACG